GUGAUAAAGCAACAAACUUAAUUGUUCUGUAAUUACGUCACAUAAACUUUGCAUUUGUAAUGGAUACAUAAAACAAAAUAAAAAAACAACAAAAUAAACAAUCAGACAAAAAAUGUCACAAGAAAAAGAAAAUGAAAGUCCUAGCAAAGAGCGAAUGACGGUGCUGGAAGCCCAUGGGUUUCAAUUGGGGAAAUCUUUAGGUUAUGGCUCGUACGCAACUGUAAAAGCGGCACAUUCAACAAAGCAUGACUGCAAGGUCGCCAUCAAAAUCGUUUCGAAAAGAAGAGCUCCACCGGAUUAUAUCGCUAAGUUUCUUCCCCGAGAGAUUGAAGUUGUCAAAAUUUUGAAACACCCAAAUCUCGUUUGUUUUCUACAAUCAAUAGAAACAACAAAUCGGGUAUAUUUCAUAAUGGAACUGGCGGGAAACGGAGAUCUCCUCGACGUUAUCAAACGUGAAGGUGUAAUCCCAGAACAACAAGCAGGGAUUUGGUUCCACCAACUCGUAGCAGGGAUUGCUUACUGUCACAGAAAAGGUGUUGUACACAGAGAUCUUAAAUGUGAAAAUGUACUUCUUGACAGUCGAAACAACUUAAAAAUAACUGACUUCGGAUUUGCCCGUGGCGGAAUGAAACCAGGGUUAGACGGGAAGCGUAUAUUAAGUGAAACCUACUGCGGAAGCUAUGCGUAUGCUCCUCCAGAGAUUCUGAAGGGAAUUCCAUAUGAGCCACAAGUUGCAGAUAUAUGGAGCACGGGAGUGAUUCUUUUUACAAUGGUCUGCGGACGACUUCCUUAUGACGACAGCAAUCACAAGACGCUUUUACGACAGGUUCAAAGCAAGAUUGUCUUUCCGUCCAAGAUCAAUCUGGACACGGAUUUGAAGGACCUCAUUCAGAAUAUUCUAGUGAAAUGCCAGGAAAGAAUUACUAUACAGAACAUCCGUCGGCAUCCUUGGUUUACUAAAGUCGCUCCCGAUUCAGAGAUAUGCAUGUUUUGACAAUUGAAAUUAUUUUUAUUUGUUGUUAUUUAAUUGAAAAAUCUAGUUGCUUUUGAAAUGAAAUCGAAAAUACAAUGAAAACAAUUGACAACAUAAUAAAAUCUGUAUAUACAUUUGUUGUUUGGCACAAUAAUCCCUAUUAACAUUAAUUUUCAAUCUUGAUAUAAGCCCAUCUUUAAAUAUUUCUUCCAUACAAUAAGGGUAACGUUGGUACGUUGAGUUUUAACUUAAUAAAAUAGAAUGAUGACGAAUGAUAAAGUUCGAGCAUAUAGUGCAUUACUUCUGGGACAAC